UCUUGUCGAUUAAAAAAAUAAUAUUAACAAACUCAAACUCUUAUAGUUUAUCCGAACCAAACGGGCCAACCCGUACCAAAUAACCCAAACCAGAUAUAUUUCCCCCAAAUCCCCCUUCAACAACUCCACCACUGCCUGCAGAGUUAACCAAUCAAUCUCAGCACACCAUGGCUGAGCCACCGUCAUCCUCCGUCACACCACCACCACCGCCGCCGCCACCAACACCUCCGUCGGCUCCUGAAAAUCCCGAUCCCACACAAUACUGGUGCUACCAGUGCGACAAACGCGUCCCGAUCGAAACCCUACCCGGUCAAGCUGACGUCAUCUGUUUCGAAUGCAAAAACGGUUUUGUUGAGUUAAUCUCAGUUCAUCAUCCUCAACCGCUUGAAGUUAACGAUGAAGAUCAUCCUGCUUUCGGCACCGAGUUCCUUCACGUCCUCAGGUUAAUCGCCAUGGCCGCACGUGACGACCACGAACCUCCUCUUCCUCCCGAAGACCGCGACGCUGACGAUAACGAUAAUGAUUAUCUCCGUAUCGAACUUGACGGAUGGGAUGAAAACGUCAACGAGGAAGACGAUGAUGAUGAUGACGUCAGCGAUGAUGAUGAUAACGAUAAUGAAGAUGAAGAAGAUGAGAAUAAUCCGAAUCAAGUAGAUCGAGUUCAGGAUAGAUCUGACGAAAAUGAAAACGAAGACGAACAACAGAUCGGUGAACAGGAAGGUGAAGAAGAUGAAGAUCUACGAAGAAGGCGUCAGCGUGACGUCAUCCGUCUGCGUCUCCGUGAUUUCGCAUCACGAGCGUUAAGCCGACGUCACCGGAUUCUCGAUUGGGCGGAGAUACUAACAGGACUGGAAGAUCACUCGGUUGAAUUUAGGUUUCAGGCUGCAGGAGAACGUGAUGGAUAUAUAGGUAAUCCAGGUGAUUAUCUAGAUGCUGCUGGAUAUGAGGCGUUGUUACAAACCCUAGCUGAGAGUGAUACCGGCGCGAAGAGAGGAGCGCCACCGGCUGCGAGUUCGGUUGUGGAAGCGUUACCUGCUGUUAAGGUGAAGGUAACUGAUGUUGAAGUUUGUGCUAUAUGUAAGGAUAAGUUGGUUAAUAAUGAGGAGGAGGUUGUGAAGGAAUUGCCUUGUGGACAUUUGUAUCAUGGGGAGUGUAUAGUGCCUUGGUUAGGUUCUAGGAAUACUUGUCCUGUUUGUAGGUACGAAUUGCCGACCGAUGAUCCGGAGUAUGAGGAGGAUAGGAAGAAGAGAUUGAGCGCGAUGGCUACAACAUCUGCGAGUUCGGAUGACGCGGUUUGAGAAACGGUAUGUAAGUGGUUUUCGCUUAAUUUGUACUUCAUAACUUGAAAUACAUUUUUUUUUCUGUUUCUUAUAUGAAUUGAUGGUUAUGAUUUCAUUUUUGUAAAUAAUAAACUUGCUUAAUUUGAUGAUUUGGUGUGGCUUU